AUGAUUGCAGUGAACUUUGUACCCGAGGAUUUGGCCAGCAAAGAACGGCUUACGGACACAAUGAUGGCAUCCUUCGAAGGCAAAGUCGAUCUUGAUCAAAUUGUCAUCACCGGCGCUGCCAGUGGGAUGGGACUCGCAACAGCAGAGCUGCUCGCCUCGCGUGGAGCACUGUUAUCACUCGCCGACGUCAACGCACAAGCAGUGCAACGCGCAGCAAACUCGUUGUCUCGAUUCGAAGGACAGCAUCUAGCAAUCGUUGUCGACGUCCGCAUCAGCAAAGAAGAGGACGCCUGGAUGACAGCAACCGUUGAGAACUUUGGCGAGCUGGAUGGCGCUCUAAACAUGGCGGGCAUCAUCAAGACUGCCAAACCCAUCACAAAAGUCACCGAUGAUGAAUGGGACAUGACCUUCACCGCGUAUUUAAACUGCCUCAGAGCACAACUGGGAGCUAUGAGAGGUGGUGCUAGCAUCGUCAGUGCUGCUAGUGCCCUUGGCCAGUUCGGCUCUGUUGGUAAUGGUGCUUACUGUGCGAGCAAGGCCGCCGUCAUCGGUCUGACCAGGACGGCUGCGAAGGAGAAUCAGACGAUCAGAGUCAAUGCUGUGUCGUAA